AUGGCAGCUCAACAUCAACCAUCACCAUGGUAUGCACAUAUUGUUAAUUUUCUGGUUUCUGGAAAAACUCCAGAACAGUGGGAUAAGAACAGAAAAAAUCAUUUCUUUUCUAAGAUUAGAAAUUAUUUUUGGCAUGAUCCUGAUUUAUAUUACUUGGGCAAUGAUCAAAUUUUAAGGAGAUGUGUUCCUGAAGAAGAAUACCAUAGCAUUAUUAACAUGUGCCAUUCAUCUAACUGUGGAGGACACUUCUCUGGACGAAAAACAGCUGCAAAAAAUUUUCAGUGUGGUUUUUAUUGGCCUACAAUCAUUAGAGAUUCUAUAGAAUUUAGUAGAACAUGUAUUUCAUGCCAAUCUAUAAGUAACAUGAGUAAAAAAGAUGAAAUGCCCAUGAGUAACAUGUUAGUAGUCGAAAUUUUUGAUGUAUGGGGAAUAGAUUUCAUGGGUCCCUUCCCAUCAGCUGAAAAAUAUGAAUAUAUUUUGCUUGCUGUUGAUUAUGUGUCGAAGUGGGUGGAAGCUAUUCCUACUAGAACUAAUGAUCAUAAAAUCGUGAUGAAAUUUGUGUAG